CUCGUCAGAACCUCUCAUCUGUAGCGCGAGUCCUCUGUGGCAUGACGCACUGCCGUCAAGCGAAAAACUGGCAAAAUGUAACAUGCAAGUAGAAGCCAUACACCAUUUUCUGUGAAUGGUAGGUGAAGAAAGUGUAUAGGAAUACGUAUUUCGUGGGUUAAAUAUGAUGCGUAAAAUAGACGCAGAGGAGAAAUACCAAGAUCCGUGAAACUUUCCGCGCGUAAAAGUGAAAGGAAAACCAACUUUGGGAGGUGCAAAAUUGUUUUUGAGUCGAACAGAAAAGGCGCAUUGAGAAAGUGCAAGACGCUAUUCUGUAUUGAUGAUCAUCGACAGGCGCACAUUUAAGCGACGGCGACACAGACGGAAGAGAAAGCGCACAGUGAGGUAAAUAAUACAGGAUAGUGUGUGAACCCCACGGCUGGACAAGCCCUUUAGACCCGCUCAGCAAUCGAAUAAUAUCCCCACUGAACUUGGGGAAAGGGAAGACAAUGGACAUCUAGCUAUACGCAGGACAACUGGCUGACCAUAUGCUUCAUCUCUGCUACAAGCAACAGAGAAGUGCAACCACACGUAUACUGUGUUUAAAUGAGAGAUGCUUCGUCUUGUUAUGGCAAACAACGUUAUCUAAAGGGCGGUGAUAAAGAUACGUUAUCUAAAGGUCGGCGAUACAGAUAAAUACAGCCAGCUAAUGUGGCGAAAGCACUCUGUCAAUCUACCCCAGCGGCAACACGGCCGCCUUAUCUCACAGCGAAGCAGGAGACGAAAGGACACUUUCAGCGUUUACAUUUUCAUAUCUACCUCUUACCAAUAUGGGCGAGAAAGUCGACUCGAGUCGAUCGACUCCGGUGGAAGGCUGUCUGGUGGACGGGGAGAGCAGAAACCUCAGCGUGCUGAACUGGGAACAAGUGCAGCGCCUGGACGUCAUAUUGGCUGGGUCCAUCCCCAUCCACGGCCGCUGGAACUUCCCUACCCUGGAGAUAAAACCGCGGGACAUCGUCAAAGUGGUCCGGAGUCGCAUGGAGGAGAAACGGAUACAUGUCCGAGAGGUCCGUCUGAACGGUUCCGCGGCGAGCCAUGUUCUACAUGAGGACAGCGGGUUAGGAUGGAAGGAUCUGGACUUGAUAUUCUGUGCUGACCUGAAAAGUGAGAUGGAGUUCCAGACGGUGAAGGAUAUAGUUCUGGACGCUCUGCUAGACUUCUUACCCGAGGGAGUGAACAAGGACAAGAUAACGCCAGUGACCUUAAAGGAGGCCUAUGUGCAGAAGAUGGUGAAAGUAUGUAAUGACUCAGACCGCUGGAGCCUAAUCUCCCUCUCCAACAACAAAGGCAAGAAUGUGGAGCUCAAGUUUGUGGACUCUCUGCGUCGCCAGUUUGAGUUCAGUGUGGACUCCUUCCAGAUUCGCCUGGACUCCCUUCUCCUCUUCUACGAGUGCUCCGAGCACCCCAUGGCGGACACCUUCCACCCCACCAUCCUGGGAGAAAGUGUGUACGGGGAUUUCCCCGCGGCCCUCGACCAUUUACGCAAACGCCUCAUCUGCACGAGGAACCCUGAGGAGAUUCGUGGUGGCGGUCUUCUGAAAUACUGCCAUCUGCUGGUCCGGGGUUUCUGCGCCGCUUCCGGACCCGAAAUGAAAAUUCUGCAACGCUACAUGUGCUCUAGGUUCUUCAUAGACUUCCCAGAGCUGGGCGAGCAGAGGAGGAAGCUGGAAUCCUACCUCCAGAACCACUUUGUGGGUCUCGAAGACAGGAAAUACGACUAUCUGGCAACUCUGCAUGGGGUAGUGCAGGAGAGCACAGUGUGUCUGAUGGGCCACGAGAGGAGACAGACACUGGGCCUCAUCUCCUCCCUGGCCCUUCGGGUCCUUGCAGAGCAGAACGUCAUCCCUAACACGGCCAACGUCACCUGCUACUACCAGCCUGCCCCUUAUGUGGCCGACAGCAACUUCAGCAACUACUACGUGGCCCAGGUGCAGCCUGUUUACCCUCACUACCUCCCUCCGCAGUACCCCCAUCAACAGUACCCCCCUCAGCAAUACCCCCUCAGCAAUACCCCAAUCCACACCAACCGCCUCCCCACCACCCCAUGUACACUGCAUGGAUGCCCUGCAACUGAGUGUGAGAUAGUGGAUACACACAGUCACUUAUGGAACAAUGGAAUUUUCAUCCUAACUAAUGAAUGGAUCACAGGAUGAUGGUGGAUCCUCUCUUUAUUCAAACAGAGACUCAGAGGCAUAUUCUUGCUUUGGCUAUGAGCAGGAUGGAGAGGAGAGAAGGAGAGAGGCCACUUGGAUGUGGUCUGACCCUGGAGCGAAGGCUUUCCUCCAAGGCAGAAAACCAGUGGUGGAGGAGAGGAGGGCAAAAGGGAAGGGAGAAGGCCGACCUAAGAUGAGGCUGAGGUUGAACCCAGGAGGCCAGUCGGUCCAUGGCGACUAGCCAGUCCUAGGAGACCAGGCUAAACACCUUGCUGGACAACCAAGCAUUCGGCUUAGGGCUGAAUACUACCAGUGUUGAUGAUGCAGUGAAAUGAUGUAUGUAACCAAUGUGUUAGUGGUUAUGUUUUUGUAAGCAAUGGCUUGAAUUUGAGACUCACUCUUAAAUAUACACCCACCUACAGUAUACUCCCUAACACUCAUACAUGCAUAAAAACAAAGACACACUCUCACACACCAUACAGUGCAUACAUGAGACAUGUACAGUACAUAGGCAAACACUGAGUGUAUUGUGUAGGAAAGUGAGAGACUUCGGGAAGAUGUGGACACGUCCUGAUUGGCUACGAAGACCUUGCGUUGACCUUUUUCUGACCAGUGAAAAUAAGAAGUAAGGCUUACCCCAGACAAUGCAAAAGAAGAACUGGACAUUGUUUACAAACCAAAGAUCUAUCUUUUAGAGACCCACGUUUUGGCUGAUCAAGGAGAAGAAGAAGAAAAAGCAACAAAAAAAAUGCAAUAUGUUGAUAUUAAUAUUUUUGCUUUAAGUGCCUACAUGUCUAAAAGAAAGAAACAGGUUUUUGUGAAUAUUUUGUGAAUAAACCCAGACUUGUUCAUUUUAGACAAAGGACCAUGAGCUUUUUAAGGAUGAUGGUGUGUUACUUGUGUAAAUGAAUGUAUUUUAGACCAGAGAGGGACACAAUGUGAACUGUUAUUGAAGUAGAGGAACCAGGUUUGUGUCUCAUAUCUCCCAGAAUUCGAAUUGGAUGACGAGAGAGGGAGAUGAGUUAUAGUGUGAGAGAGAAAGGAAGGAGAAAGUGAGAGAGGGUCCUGAGUGAGUGAGGAGGUUACAAGGGGAGAGGAUUAGAGUAUGAGUCAAGCCUUUAAACUCCUGCAAACGUGAAGUGUCUGGGGACACGCCUGUAAACUCUUGCACACAAGUGUGCAGUAGUUUACAGGGCCUGACUCAUACUGUUAGAGAGUGUUUUUACCAGUAGAGAGAGAGGUCUGAAAGUGUUGCUUGAGAGAUGUAUUUGUGAUAUUUCAGUGUGUGUGUGUAUGGGCAGUAUAUGUUUGGGUUCAAAAGGUGGAAAUUGUCCUCCUUUGAUGUAUUCUUCUUUGUUACAUUUCUGAUGUUUUUUUGUGAGGAAAUUCCAUGUGGGAUGUGAGUAAGGGGGGGGUUCAAGCAUUUGCACCUUUGCAAAGUGUGCGCCUGUUAUUUUUAAGUAAUGAAACCUAAAAUAAUGAACAAAAGGUAAAGGUUAAGAGAAGGAUAAUAACUAAGUUGAUGUAUCAAUAAUGGUUGUUUUUUGUUCCCUUAUAAAGAUACCAGGUGAAAACGUUGAGUAAAUCCGAUCAAUGCAGACAUCUCACAUUCUUCUAUUAAACCUGUUCUCAGAUCUCAUAUUUUUCUAUAUUUCUCUAUCCAUCUCUCUAUUUUUGGACAUGUUGUUCGGCUCAUGCCAUAGUCUUGUUGAUUGCCACGUUCCAAGAGGUUGUAAAGAGUAUUGAUGCAAGUGUGUGUAUGUGUGUGUGUGUGUUUGCACACGUCAGUUCAAUGUCUAGUUUUGAGUUGUCAACUAACGUCAAUUCUGCUUGAAAUCAACAAAACAUUUCCCCAUGUCAUUGAAUUUAGCUUAAAAGUUGGGUGAAAAGACACGAAAUGCCCUCAUGUUGAUCACUUUUUACUAAUGCAAUCAGUUUUUCACAUUGAUUCAACAUCAUCACAUAGAUUGUUUGGGUUGAAAUUACGUGGAAACAACGUUUAUUCAACCAGUUUUUGCCCAAUGGGAAACUUUCAAAUGCAGACUCACUUGUGUCCAUGGCAUUGCUCAUGCAAUUUCUUUUGUUUUCUUUCUUUUUUGUUUCAAAACGUUAUUCUCUAAGAAACAUAAUGUCUUUUUUGAGUUUCUCUCAAUGUGUUAUUGUUGUGUAAAUGUCUAUUUUGAUUGCCAACCAAUAUGGGAUUGGCCAAAGAUGUGAAAAGAAUGUGUGAACACAUUUGUCUAAGAUGAAUUACUUUAUCAUUAAGAAGGAAGAAAAACAGUUAUGCACCCCUGUA